AGUUCUUUUGGAGUUAUGAUGAUUCCAGUGAAAACAAAUUGAGAUUCUCAAAAGCUCCCAUGUGACAUGUGAGAAAUAAUAGAUGUUUUUUUAUUAAUAAUCUUUCUUCUAUGAUUGUCUUAUUAUUGCUCACCCUUUUUCCCUUUCUCUAAAACUUCUCUUUUUGGGGGAAAAGUUUAUGUUUUUUUCUUUUGAUAAUCUGAUCCAAAGUUUUGAUUUUUAUUAUCUGGGUUUUGUUGUUUUCUCCCUUCCCCUACGUGUGGAAGUGUCUAGCUUCUUCCCAAUAGCUUCAAAAGUUGACCAAGCUUGUUCCUUUGUUCUUUCUCUCUCUCUCCCUCGUUUUCAACGACGACGACUCUGACUUUGCAAGAUUAUCUCUGAUCGAAAUCUCCACAAGCAGAACUCUGAUCUGCAAUCUCUUACAGAAAAGAAAGAUGGGUUCUUUCAAAGGCCAUGCUUUGCCAGGUACAUUGUUCUUUGUGGUCGGAGUGUGGCACAUCUGGAGCUCCGUGGUUCGAUUCGUAUCCAACCCCAACUCAUUUCGUGUUCGAGUUUGGCACCCUGUCCCUGGUUUCAACGGUAGGAUCAAGUACUUGGAGCUUUACGUUGUCACCAUUGGCUCGUUCAUUGACUUGUGCAUCGAGUUCUUCUACUCCACUCAUCUCAAGUUCUUUGUCAAUGGUGUCUUGAAUCCUUCCCACAUGAACGAUUUCGAGCACUCUGGGAUGCUUCUCAUGUUCUUCAUCCUCGGUUUCAUCACUCUGCUCUCCGAGAAAACAAGGUUGCUUCCUCUGCCACAAGAAGCUCUGUGUCUAAUCGCUGCAACAGCUUUUACAGCAGAAGGUCUUCUCUUCUUCUUCCACUCCACAAGCCACAAAGGUCUCGAAGGUUAUUACCAUCUCCUCCUCGUCUUUCUCAUCGCUCUCUGCGUCAUCUCCUCAAUCGCUGGAUCUAUCUGCCCUACAAGCUUCCCUGUUGAUCUAUGCAAUGGCAUUGCAAUGACUCUUCAGGGCCUCUGGUUUUAUCAAACAGCUUUCACUCUCUAUGGCCCUAUGAUGCCUCAAGGCUGCGGUUUAAAAGGAAACUCUGUCGUCUGCAGAUCGGUUGAUUCUGUAGUCUCUGGAGAGUUUCUGGCUAACUUUCAGCUCUUCUCUUUGGUUCUUGCUGUUCUCGUCUGCGUUGUGGGUUCUUAUGUUUUUGCAGCUUCAAGAUUUGGAGUAAAGUAAAUGAGAGAUUUUUGGGAAGUAGAAACUAGGUUCUCUUUUUUCUUUUACUGAGUCUUUGCUACAUGUCUCUUUUAUCUUAUACAAAUAUAUGUUAACAAAUGAGUUAUGAUAAUUUUGAGGUGACCUUAGAGCUCA